AUGUAUCCUACCACAGAGAUGAACCAAGCGACGACGCAUUUCUCGUCCGGAGCCCUCAAUCAAGAGAGCUUUUACAAGACAUGUCUCUUGGUUUUAGUAGGCAUUGCUGUUUCUUUCCUGGCGCAAAAGCUGCUGCAGGUCCAUCGACUACGUGCACUUGAACGACUUCAUGGCUGCGGUGAACUCUCCAGCGAGAGCGAAUUUCAAUAUGAUUUUCUUGGUAUUGCCAAAGCAAUCCAGUUGGCUUCUCACUUUCGAAAACGCACAUCGUUAGCGUAUACAAACGCAUUGUUCACGAAAUACGGGGAGACGUAUGUUUCCAAUGUCAUCGGCCACCGACUUAUCUUUACCUGCAAUGCAGACAACAUUAAGCAUCUGUUGUCCACGGCGUUCGUCGAUUUCGAUAGUUCUCCAUUGAGAAAGCCUCUAUUCGAGUACAUCACCCCGCAUGGCAUCUUCACCCUUGAUGGUCCCGACUGGAAGAAAAGUCGAGAUCAGUUGCGGAGUCGGCUGUCUAAUCUUCGCAAGACCAUUGAUCUGGACUCGUGCGAACAGCACUUCCAAGCCUUCCUUCGACGUGUUCCUCCAAAAGGACAGGCCUUUGACGUUCAAUCCUGUACAUUUGCUCUAUCUUUGGACAUGCAAACUCAAUUCUCUCUGGGUGAGUCUGUUGAUGCCCAGAGUUUCAGUCAAUCGAAAGAAAAGAAGCGGUUUGUAGAAGAUCUGCUAUUUCUCAAGGAACGCAUCGUCCAGGAUGGUUUUCGUGGUCCUCUGCGCCACUUCUUUUCAAAGGAACACUUUCUCAGGUCUUGUCAAAGGGCACGAGAAUAUGUGACAGGUUAUGCCACCCGGCAAGUUGAGCAACAGAUCAGCAACAAUGAGAAGAAUGACGGAAUACCUCCUGCGUCUGCUUUCAAUAUGAGAGAUAGGGAGAUUUCCCAGUGCACCGAUCAGGCUCUAAGCAUUCUCCUUGCAAAUGACAGCAUGAGCACGACUCUUUCGGGUCUUUUCUUUUGCCUGGCCCAGGACAAUCGCGCCGUGAAAAAACUGCGAGCAAGUGUCAUCGCUACCGUUGGAUCAACUCCUCCAACGUGGGGCCAACUUGGAAGUCUGCAUUAUGUCCGGUGGGUGAUUCAAGAAGCAAACAAACAUUCGACGUUACCAACCGGUGGUGGAGCUGAUGGGAGGUUGCCAGUUCUCGUACGGAAAGGAGAUAUCGUGGUGUUUUCUACGUGGGCUAGACAUCGUCUAGGGAAGGAAUUUGGAGAUGACCCAGAAAAGUUUUAUCCUGAGCGUUGGGAGGAUUUAAGCCCUGAAAUGGCUGGCUACAUUCCGUUUAAUAAGGGCCCGAGGAUCUGCCCAGGUCAGCAAUAUGCGGUGAUUGUGAUGACAUACAUCGUGACUCGCAUGUUUCAAACGUUUUCAUCUGUCUCCAAUUACAACACUAAAGAAUGGACGGAGAGAAUUAGCAUGACGCUCGAGAACGAGAAUGGGGUUCUAGUCGGACUAGAGUGA